AAAUCGCGUCAUUUGAAGUGUCCCAUUAAUAUUUCUAAUUCACUUAUAGUUUAAAUUCACAAUGGCUGGAGCGUUGCAUUAUCUUGGGUGCAUUAUUGCCGUGUUUGCUGUUUUUGGAACGAUGGUGACUCUAAUUCACCAUGAAUGGAAACACACCAGUGACAUCAAUUCACCAGGUCAUCUACAGUCCAUUCACAUGGAUGAAGGUCUGUGGAUACGAUGCACAUAUCCUGCUCCUGGACUUGUGCAGUGUGAUACAUUUGGAAAAUCAAUGUUUACACUUCCAGGAGAACUUCACGCUCAGCGCGCUAUGAUGAUAUUAUCUCAGAUAUGUGCUUUUACUGGACUUGUAAUCUGCCUAUUUAGUCUUCCUUGCACUACAGUAGACCCAAAGUUACGACUCGGAAGAUUGGCAGGAUGCUUAUUGGUUGUUGCAGGUAUUCUUUGUCUUAUUCCCGUAUCAAUGUAUGCUGCAGACGUAGUUCGGGAUUUUCGUUCCCCAAUAGAAAAAGAUUUCAAAUACACGUUUGGACCAACUUUGUAUAUUGGAUGGCUAUCUGCGGGUCUUUCAAUAUUAUCUGGCAUUAUCAUCGGCUUCUGUGCCAGAGAUUUGGUCGAUUUUGAAUCUGACGCCUACAUGGAAAAGACAGCAUAUAUUUGAUAACAACAAAGCGUGCCAGUUUUCCCUUUCUCAUACUGGAUGGGUCUUGACAAAGGGGACUCGAAUGUACAAACACUAGUAAAUUAUGAAGUUAAACAUCGGACUCAAAAAAUUCCUGUUUAGUUUCUGGAAAAUUACCAUACUUCUGAAAUUUUAGAACUCUCAAGUCCUUAAGACUGUAUUACUGUUUGAACCCAAAUAAAAAUCGUCAUGGAAAACUCACGGAAAUUGAAUGAAGGAGAAUUACUUUGGAUAUUGUGUUUUACUUUAUCUCUGCUUAUUCUUUAGUUGACGUUUUUUAUGAUUUGUACCCUGCACCCUCUUAAAAAUUGUAAACUAUUGCUGAUUCAAUUUUUCAUGAAGUAAAAACAACGUUUAUAAUAGUUUUUAUUAUGAGUAAAUACUUCUUCAAUGUUUUGUUUUUAAUUUGUUAUCCACUGUUACAUAUCUUUCAAUUUUGUGAAAUAAAAUUAGAAGUAGGAUGCAAAUGUUUGAUAUAAUACAUUGCGACAUAUUAGUUGACCAGUCGAUGAAAUUGUCAAUUCCAAUCGUGAAUCGAGUCAACCCAUUCAUGAAUAAAUUCGUAGCAAGUAAAAUGAGACCACGCAACAAUUUAGUGAUUUCAUUUUAUUGCCUUUCGAAUAAAACUGUCUAUGAAUGCCAGAACCGAGCCCAAUAAAAAAUACCCAUUUUAUUGCCAUCGCUGAACAAUAGGAGGAACCGAGGAAUAAUAUAAAGAUAUAAACAUAUAAAAAAAAACAUAUAUUUCUUUGAAGGUCUGAAGAGAAUUUUGAACGAUCAAGACUCAGUAAAUGAAGACAAAGAUAUUGCGUUAGAUGUUGUAAAUUUUUAAGCUUAAUCUCA